GACGUGCAGCUGCAAAGGGGAUCAGCUCGUCCAUCGGCCCCAGGAUGAGAUACCAGGCAGCUACCGGCUUGGCAUUCCUCCUGCUUGUCAUUACCGGCAGCAGCGGACAGACCACCAAUACAGCACCGGGCGAACUCUGCGGUCACACGUGGGAAGCAAUUGAUACAGAGAAACAUAUCCACUACAAAAUCAAUGUGUGUGGUAAAUUGCCAGCAGGAGAUUGUGGCGGUGCCGAGACAGCCGUUUGUGCUCAUGAUUUUGCCAAAAACACCUCACAGCCAGUCGGUGAUUUACUAGUGCAAGCUACAAAGAAUCUCCUUGUGUUUAACUCUAUGCAAAAAUGUCAAAACAGCGAACAUUAUAUCCAAAGCAGCAUCAAUCUCAUUUGUGCAACAACACUGGGUACUCCUGAAUUUGUGAUCUCAGAAGAGUGUGUACAUUACUUUGAGUGGAGAACCUUCACAGCAUGCAAGAACAACAAAUUUAAACCAGUUAAAGAGGUGCCGUGUUAUGUUUUUGAUGAAGACAAUCGUAAACAUGAUUUAAAUCGCAUGAUUGGGAUUAAAGAAGUGUACCGUGUUGACGACUGGGAUACUGAUGCUGACUUGUACAUUAAUGUUUGUCGAACUUUUGGCACAUUAAAAGGGGACACUGCCGCUUGUCCUCCAGAAAGUGCAGCCUGCUUCAUUAAAAAUGGCAAAGCUUAUAAUGUGGGCAAACCCAAAGAGGCUCUCAGAUCUGCUCUCAAAGACAGACUUGAACUCCAUUAUGAGACCGAAGACUUACCCAUACCAGAGUUUUGUAAUGGCCACCAGCCUGCAGUCACCAUUACGUUUAUCUGUCCUUCAGCAAGUACAGAGGGAACAAGUCCAAGAUUAACAGCAAACACCAACUGCCGCUUUGAAAUUGAAUGGGUUACGGAAAAUGCAUGUCACCGAGACUACCUGGAAAGUAGAGACUGUAAACUCACAAGUGAACAGAGAGACAUUUCAAUCGACUUGUCCCCACUUAAAAAACCAAUAGGUGAUUUGUCACCCUAUCGCGCUGAAGACCCAAGUGGUCAGUAUAUGUAUUACCUAAACGUGUGUGGGAACACUACAGCGGGCAACUGUGAAGGUAACAAUAACUCUGUCUGCCAAGUGAAGCUGUCCAACCAGCAACAAAAGUCUGCAGGUUCAAGCAAGAACCAAAUCCUCAGAUACUCUGAUGGAGAUCUUACAUUGACAUAUUUUGGAGGGCAAGAAUGUAGCUCAGGUUUCCAGCGAAUGACCAUCAUUAAUUUUGAAUGUAAUGAAACUGCAGUGAAUGACGGCGUAGGAGAGCCAGAUUUUGUUGCUGAGACUGACUGUACCUAUUUCUUUAACUGGGAGACAAAACAUGCGUGUGUUAAAGAAAAGGAAGAUCUAUUGUGCCGGGUCACAGACCAGAAAAAACAGUAUGAUUUGUCUGCGUUAAUGCGUAACCCAGAUUCUAGCACUGCUCAGAACUGGAAGGCGGUCCUUGAGGAUUUUGUGAAAGAUGAAAAAAGUCAUUAUUUUAUUAAUGUGUGCCAUAAAGUACUACAGAAAGGGGGUGCUGCAGGAUGCGAGGACGAUGCAGCCAUAUGUUCCGUAGUUUCCAAUGAGAAGAAAAAUUUGGGCAAGUUUAUGUCUUCUCCUAAAAAGGUCGGUGAUAAUAUUCAACUUGUGUACACUGAAGGCUCACCUUGUACACAGAACAGAAUGAUUCAAACAAACAUCACACUUGUCUGUAAACCAGGUGAUCUGGAAAGCCCUCCAAUUCUGAAAAGCAUAACUCGUGAUGGCUGCCUGUAUGAGUUUGAGUGGCAUACUGCAGCUGCAUGUGUUUUAUCCAAGACAGAAGGAGCCGAUUGCAGAGUUUCCAACCCACAGGCAGGUUUUUCAUUUGACUUGUCACCUCUAACUAAGAAAAGUGGGAGUUAUAGUGUCACUAAUGACGAUUAUGAGUUCUCUAUCAAUGUUUGUGGCAAUGUAACAGAAACACUGUGUGAAGACAAUGCAGGAGUCUGCCAGGUGACUAAAAGUAAAGAUAAUCAUUGGAAUCUCGGGGUUCCCAAUUCAAAGCUCUCGUACUAUGAUGGGAUCAUUCAGCUUGCUUACAAGGAUGGGACACCCUACAAUGAUGAAAAGAAAACCCAUCGCUCCUCCCUCAUUACCUUUUUAUGUGACAGGGGAGUCGAUGUUGGCCAGCCGGAAUAUCAGAAAGAAGAUAACCAGACAUACAACUUCAAAUGGUAUACAAAAUACGCUUGCCCCGAGAUACCUGUUGAAUGUGUUGUGCUGGAUGAAUCGAAAGGUGAACAGUAUGACUUAUCCAGAUUAUCUAAAACAAAUGAAGAGCAUGCUGUAAACUGGUUUGCAAUGGAUUCCUCCACUAAUAAACCCAAGAAGUACUACAUUAAUGUGUGCCGGUCCCUGCUGCCAGUUCCAGGAUGUGACCAUUUUGCUUCUGCCUGCCUUAUGGAAUACAAGAAGGAUGGCGAUUCUUCACAUGAGGCUGCAGCCAUCAGCAAUUUAGGUGUUGUCAGCAAAGGUCCCGUCAUUGAAGAUAGUGGAAGAAUCCUUCUGGAGUAUAUUAAUGGCUCUGAAUGUAUCAAUGGUCAAGGUGAAAAUACCUUCUAUACAACAAGAAUACAUCUAAUUUGCAAAGAGAAAGCUAUUUCCAGCAGCCCAGAGUUUUUGUCCAAUCAGGAUUGCAUGGUCACAUUUGUCUGGGAAACUGAAGUAGCCUGUCCUUUUAUGCUAUCGAAAAGUGGAGCUCAGACAUGCUCGGUGGAAGAUCCAAAUCGUGGCUUUGUUUUCAACCUCCAAGCUCUGAAAAAUGACUCUGGAUAUACGGUCUCUGGAAAUGGAAAAACAUUUAAGCUCAAUAUCUGUGGCCCUGUGAAGGAAUGUGGCUCUGUCAACAGUAAAUCAGCCGCUGGGUGUGAAUUUGAGAGCGGAGCAGCCAUAAGACCAGUGCAAGUAGAUCAGUCCCUGACAUUGUCAGCAGAAGAUGACCUCACGCUCAUCUACCGAGGGGAGCUUGAACCAGUUUCAGGGCGCUGGGACACAUACACAAUAAGGUUUGUUUGUGAUUAUGACCUUUUUCCUGGAGAACUUUCAUUCCGCAAGCAGGAGAUUAACACUGACCUGUACGACACGUUCUUUGAGUUUAAAACCGCCCUGGCUUGUCUCCCAGCUGAGGUUAACUGCCAAGUUACAGAUUCUAGUGGACAGGAGUAUGAUUUGAGUGACCUAAGCAAAGAUAGUGAACCUUGGACAGCUGUUGACACUUCGGAUAAAGCAAAUAAACAAACCUUUUAUAUGAAUGUUUGUAAACCUCUCAGAAAUGUCCGUGGAUGCCCAGGAGGUGCAAUAGGAUCUUGCAUGAAGACUGCAGAAAAUAAAUAUUUAAAUCUUGGAUAUAUCCAGAUGAGCCCUCAGGCUUCUGACGAUGGUUCUCUUAGUAUUGUUUACAUGAAUGGUGACAAAUGCACAGAUAAACAGCGUUACUCGACACGGAUCAUCUUUCAGUGUGACCAUGAAAUAGGGUCUCCAGUUUUCCAACAUCAGGAUGGUUGUGAAUAUGUCUUCUUUUGGAGGACACCGGAGGCUUGCCCUGUUCAAGUAGCAGAAGGUGAGAAUUGCCAAGUACAGCACCCAAAAUAUAGCCACAUCUUUGACCUGAAGGCUCUUGGAGACAAAGAUGUUGAAGUCAAGUCUAAUGAUUAUACUUACCAGUUUAAAGUCUGUGGUGGGAUCACUUCUUCUCCUUGCUUGAGCAAAGCAAAACCUGGAACAACUGUGUCUUCCUGUCAGGUUAAGGGCACUGAUUCCAAAAUAGCUGGUUUGAUUACACAAAAACUUAGAUUUGAAAAUGGACUCCUAAUGAUAAACUACACAGGCGGAGAUGUCUGUCACAAGAUUUAUAACCGCUCAACUGCUAUAAUUUUCUCCUGUGACAGUGAAAAUAAACAGCCAGUAUUUCUAAAGGAAACCCCAGAUUGCUCAUAUACGUUUGAAUGGCGUACACCCCUUGCUUGUCUUCCUUUCAAGCCCAUCGACUGUUCUUUAAGGGACACGGAAGGAAAUUCCUAUGACCUUUCGUCAUUGUCGCGAUAUAAUGAUAACUGGGAGGUCGAGCCUACACCUGGAUUAACAGAAAAGUACCGUUUGAAUGUGUGCAAGCCUUUAGCACUUCAAAAUGGCCCAUCUUCAUGCCCACAUGGUGCUGCUGCCUGUCAGCUGGAUGGAUCAAAGUCUAUAAACUUGGGUGAACUUGCUAGUGGACCAAGGUGGGACAAUGGAGUGUUGGUUCUUCAAUAUACUAAUGGAGAGCUUUGUUCUGAUAAAAAAAGGAACAGAACUACAACAAUACGUUUCAAGUGUGAUGAAAACCAAUUUGAUAGCAAACCUCAGUUCAUAACUGCCUUGCAGUCCUGUGAGUAUAACUUCCUUUGGAUCACUGCCGCAGCCUGUCCACUAAAGAGCAAAUCACAGGAUAAAUGCCGAACAUCUAACCCUGCUACAGGUCACUCCUUUGAUCUUUCUUCGUUGACAAAUAAUGAUGGCUAUGUUCUAAAAGACCACAAACGAACGAUUAAGUUAAACAUCUGCGGUGCAGUUAAGAGUGAGUGUGGAGAUGGAGUUGGUGUGUGUGUCACUGAAGGUGGUAAGCACAUUAGCGCUGGAAUGUCUCAGGAUAAAAUCACAUACACAGAUCAGGUUUUGAGUCUCGUUUAUGAAGAUGGAAAUGUGUGCAGUGCAAACAGCAUUCUGAAGCACAAGAGUGUUUUUAACUUUGUUUGCGGUUCAGACACCAUGAUGGGCAGCCAUCCCGUCCCUGAGUCUUUUGAUGAGGAAACCUGCACAUGGUACUUUACUUGGCACACACCACUGGUCUGCGAGUACAAGACAAAGUGUUCUGUGUGGAAUGGCAGCUCUCUUAUUGACCUAAGUCCUUUGACCAAGCAUGUGGGAUAUAUUAAAGCAGAGGAAAGCGGUACAGAGAAAGACCCGUCUGAUUAUUACAUCAAUAUAUGCGAGCCUUUAAACCAAAUUGAAGAUGUUAAGUGCCCACCAGGAGCAUACGUGUGCAUGGAUCCGGUUAAUGGACAACCGUUUGACAUUGGUCGCACACCUAGUCCUCCUCAAAUCAGCGAAGCUUCUUUGAAUGUGUUCGUUACUUUGGAAAGUCCAACACCAUGUGCCAUAUAUCCACACAUGAACUACUCUUCUGUCAUCAUAUUUCGUUGUAAGGUUGGAACCGAUCUGGGAAGACCAAGAAUUGUACAAACAUCUGGCUGCAGUUUUGUGUUUGACUGGGAAACGCCAGUAGUCUGUCCAGAUGAAGUCACCAGUUCAGAAUGUUCUUUGACUGACCAGCGCCUUAAUUACACAUUUAGCUUAUCAAGCCUUAAAGGAGGUGAAUACAAGACUCAGCCGACUUCUGGCCACGGAACAUAUUACAUUGGUGUAUGCUCGGCAGCAAAGACUGUUCCGUCCGCCAAGUGUGAUGGAGCUGUAUGCCUUGUAUCAGGAAAGGAUUCCUAUUCUUUUGGCAAUGUGAAGAUGAUGAAAAUGAACUAUCUCCACCAAGAGGAAACUGUAGAAUUGCAGUAUGCAGGAGGAGAUCCCUGCCCACCAGUGACUGAUAAAGGGGAUCUAUGUGUCCUUCCAUUCAAAUACAAGGGAAAGACCGUUAAUACAUGCAUUACGCAAGACCGCGCGGGAGCAUGGUGUGCAACAACCUCAGACUAUGACAGUGAUGGAAAAUGGGGCUUUUGUUCUGCUUCUACUGAGCAGAGGCAAUCUAUCAUCUUAUUUAAAUGUGAUGAAAGUGCUGACAAAGAAAGUCCUGUACUGUUGAGUGAAACAUUGGGCUGUUCGGCUACAUUCGAGUGGAAGACCCGAGCAGUUUGUCUCCCAAGAAGGGUGGAGUGCAAGUUUAUAGAGCAGCAUAAGACCUAUGACCUGAGAAUGCUUUCUUCAUUAACAGGAUCCUGGACUUUUACCCAUGAAGGCAAUGUUUAUUUCCUGAACCUUUGUCAGCGUGUGAACCAGGGCCCAUCCGGUUGCACAGGAAGUUCCAGUGUGUGCAUGAAAAGCCAGUUAGGAGCCGUUAAGGUCCUGGGUCAGGUGCAUACCCAGACUUUUAGUGUGAAAGAUAAUAAAAUCUAUGUGACAUAUUCCAAUGGAGAUACAUGUGCAAAAGGCAAAAGGCUAUCUACCACGCUAGAGUUAACGUGUUCUAAAACUGUUGGUACACCAAGUCUUCAAAGAUACGAUGAGGAGCAGUGUGAAUAUCGCAUUAUAUGGCCAACUCGAGCAGCCUGUGCCAUAACUCCUCAAGAGGUUGAGAUGGUAGAUGGUACGAUACGUAUGGAUAAUGGAAUGAACAUCAGCCUCAGCAAUAUUUAUAAUAAGUCUUACAACGUUACUGGUGAUGUUCGAUUGGACGGUGCCCAAAAUGAUAAGUAUAUGUAUCAAAUCCAGCUUUCUGGAUCUGAAAAUGUCCCUUAUGCUAAAUGUAAAGGAGCCAGUAUAUGUCAAGUUAAAAUGAACGGUGACUUCACCAGGGCUGUCGGUUCUUCAAACAACGUAAAAUAUUACAUUGCAGAUGAUGACUUGGAUGCUGUCUUUACUUCCAAUUCACAGUGUGGCAAAGAUAAAUCUAAAAAUGCCACCUCCACAGUGUACUUCCAGUGCAGUCCAUCUGUUGGUGAAGGACACCCGGAGUUCCUCCAUGAAACCACAGAUUGCCAGUAUUUGUUCUCCUGGGAAACGUCUGUUGUUUGUCCCUUGGUCCCUAAGGGAGCUGAAAACAAUCCUACAGGAACAGAUCAGAACUAUCAGGGUCUAUCAGGACGAAGUCAAGCAGUGGGAGCCAUUCUUUGUGUGCUACUUGUAAUACUUGUCAUUUGUAUGGCCGUUCUCCUGCUUUACAAGAAGGAAAGAAGGGAAACUGUGAUGUACAAGAUAUCAAACUGCUGUCGAAGAAGCUCUAAUGUGUCCUACAAAUACAGCAAGAUUAAUACAGAAGAAGAAGCUGAUGGCAACGAGACGGAAUGGCUCAUAGAAGAAGUGUCUAUGAACCACACAAAAUCACACCAUGAAAAUGGCAGCAUCAGGCAUGCCGCACCUGGAACCUUCACAUCACUACAUGUGGAUGACCUUGACAGUGAAGACGAAGUUCUCACCGUACCGGAAGUACGAAUUCAUUCGGCCAGAAUGAAAGAGGCGAAUGCUAACCGGUCAAAGAGCCAUUUCGGUUCUGGGAGUGAUGACAACAUGAUUGGCAUGUCAAACGGUGUUAAUCGAAAGACGGGAAAAGGCAGGUCCAACCAUAGUAAAAAAGACAGCGGGAACGUAGCUUCUUUUCAUGAUGACAGUGACGAGGACCUGCUUAACAUCUAGAGCUAACCUAAUUUCCCUCUCCCUAAUUCCUUUGUGCCUAAUAAAUAUACACAAAACGUAAAUUAAAAAAGAAAAAUAUUUCAAUGGACAAAGCUAAAGCUACUACAACCAAAUAUAUGUAACAACCAGAUGUUUUCCGCAGGGGAGAAUGGAUUUGUAUUUUUUUUUUUUUUUCUUCAAUUUUUUUGAACUUUUUGGAAAAAAUUAUUCUAGGGAAUGCAGGGAAAAAGACUUUUAAUUUACACUGAUAUAUAGAAUUAGCUGGAAGCUCUGUGUAACGCACCCAGCUCUCCUUUUGAAGAUUCCAUUGGUAGUUUGUUGGAGAUGAAAGCAUCUUGUUUCUGGGUGUUUCUGUCCUUUGCUACGGGAGCUGGUAACUUCUUGUAUUAUAGAUUGCACUUUGUAAUCGGUGAAAAUCGGAAAGACUAAAAGCGAGAUGAGAGUGCUUCUUGGAUCCUCCACCACCAGUGACUAAUCCAAUGAGUGUAACUGCUGAGAUGUUUCCAAUAUCUCCUUAUUUAUUCACUUGAACUACAACUCAGGUUGGCUGACUGAACAGCAGCGAGUUUUUCCUGCCAGCAGGGUAUUAUAAACUCUUUUCACUGACUCAAACAGAUCCAAGGCGCCAGGGUGAAAUACACUCUUCUCAUAUUUACAGCUACCUGGGCUUCAAGCUGGCUUGUAAUUUAAACAUGUGUUGAUUUCAUAAUAAUAAGAUAAAUACAACAUGUUGUGUUAAACAUCCAAGCAUUAAAUGAAGAAUUAUCAAGAGUAUUUGUAGUAAAUACGCAAGAUCAUACAUGGCCACACAAACACACAUUUGCAAGCUGCUACUGUCCUGUGCAUGAUAUCGGACUAUAAAAUAAAGGUAUUGAAAUGUACCGAAACAAAGACUUUUCACAAUCGAAUGAGUAUACAAAUGAAAUUCUAAACCCAAUGUUUAUCUGAAACCUUUUUCCACAAACCUGAAUAGGUUCUGCUGUCUGUCAGACCAGUAAAAGCUGUAUGAUCUUAAAUUGGAAUCCAGUCUUUCCCAUAGCUUUAAUUUGCACAUUUGGAUGGGUUUUAUUAAGCAAUCAGUGGGGCUGGUUGCAAUAUGUUGACGUCUGUUUACUUUAAAACUACUUUUUGUAAUCUUGGUUCUGUAUAUGUUGCAUUUGUAAUUUUGCGGUUUUUAACUACACGUUCAGUAAUAACGCUCAUCCAUAGAGCUCUGUGUGAGGAUCAUAAGAAAGACCGUCCAUAACGGCUUGUUUGCCAAAAGUUAACCAUAUCUUUUGUAAAGCAACAGCUAAAGAAAAACAACCAACAUUUUGAGGUGAUUUUGUUGAGGCCCUAUAAAUUCUUUAAGUUCAGGAAACCAUAUAUUUAAGCGUAAGAAUGGUGUUACAUCAUGAAACUAUUAUUUGGAAAUGUUUUGGUUCAAUAACCUGGUGAUACAGUAGUUAAUCAAAGCUGUAUGACCGAUAAACGGAAAGAAUUGCAAAUUCAAUUUGUGCACAUGUAAAUGAGAAGUGUUGAUAAGCCGGGUAUAUACUUUAUUUAAUCCAUGUCUGCUUUCUAAGCUUAAGUAUGCAUCAAAAUAGUGGUAGGUCUUCAGACAGGAUAUGAAGAAUCUGUACAACGUAAAAUCAAUAGUUCUCCCCGUUUAAAAAUAAAUCAUAAAUGCACAUCAAAUGAACACACUAUUCUGCAAUUUAGUCUGAAAAUACGAACGCACUAUUUGCAACCAAAUCACGAAGAACUACAUCUACAUUGUAUUAUAUGAUGAUGCAGGUUAGAGAAAGACU